GCUGCUGAAAACCUUGAACGCCGCGAAAAGCCGAAAACAUGUUGAUGAACCUCACCUCACCACGAUAAACUACGUGUAGUGCUCGUGCUUUGGUGGACUAGAUAGAACAGCCUGAGGAACAGCUCAUGAAUGCGACCUAAAAACUGGACUAAACUUUGCUAGAUGAAUUAAGCGGCUCACGUGCAUUCAGCAGAUAUGACGCUGGUGAUGAACAGAGAUUUGGCCGUUCUUCAGGGUGCUUUCGUCCUGGCCGAUAAGCUAUGUCUCCCCUCGUCACUGUCCUCCCUUCAGAAAGCAGACUGGAGCAGGGUGGCACAUCCGGUCCUGGAGGCACUCAAAGACAUCUGUAGACAAGAGGAGCUUAGUUCACAUCCUACCACAACCAAUGUUAGCUGGAUAAAGAAAGUUGUUUGUGUUGUGUGGCUGAAGCUGUUGGCCAGGGAGACUGGAGAGGAUGUAGAGACGUCCUGGAGAGAGAACCCUUUCUUUGCCCUCCAGAAUGGCCUCCCUGAGGUCAACCAUGUUGUUUUGCUGGAAUUGUUGAAGUCGAUGGAAGCUGCUCAGAUAUUUGCCAACUUCCUCUUGUAUCUUCCUCAAGCUCAGAUCUGUGCCGAGCUAGCAAGACUAGUGGAACACAUGAAGAGCAGCCCUAUUGGAGAGGAUGAUGUCAGACUUUUUAUGGAGGUGUGGUGGGAACUGUGGAAAGGGAGAGAUGAGAAGAUGAUUGGAGGAGAAGAUAGAAUAGAGACGAUGUUUGCAAGACAAUUUUCACAUCUCUCCUCCAAGUCCUCCAGAGUUUCCCCUCAGGCUGCCAAGAGGUUAAAGCUGGACCCAUCAGAUCUACCAGCAUCCUCUCCAACCACUGAUGUCCUGUACAUUCUCCUUCACGCACUUAAAGACAUAAAGGAUCACUUAUCUUCAACAGACCUUUGCCUCCAGGCUCUCUCCAUAUGUCUUGAUGCUUUUUACACCAACUUCCUGAUAAGUGAGGCAGUCAUACUUCCACCCAAAGAGAAACUGCACAUCCUGUCUAAAGUCAUCAGCAUCAGAGAAAGGAAUGAUGAGAAACUGAGUCCUGAACUCAUCCGCGAGACUCUGAGUGACCUGCAUGCUUCUCACACACCAGCUCAGUUUCAGUCCAGCAGGAUGAAGCUCGGUGAGGCCUUGAAGAUUAUUACAGGGCUUGCUCAGUUUUGGCAGAGCAGUGGGCUCCUGACAACAUGUGACGAUACUAAUCCGAGCUUUCCCGCUUUCAAAUUAGUACAAAGUGUCCAGAGAGUCCUGACGGCUCUAGAGAAAAUAGAAGUGCCUGAAACUUUGACUGAAAAUGUAGAUCUAGAGGCUGAGAAAAGUAUGCUGAGAGGUCUGCUGGAAUCACUCGCUUUCCUUUCUAUAGAGAACACCCCCGAGGUUAACGCCAGGGUCACCACGAUCAUCAUCAGUCACCGUCUGGACGACUAUCAGAACUUGGCACUGUUAUUUGCCAGUGAGGAAAGUUUAGCUGUCUGUGAUGAGCACUGGAUGGAGUGCUUGGAAAAGAACCAAGCAGCCUUCCAGCAGUGCGACACACUAAUCAAACUGACCUCUGCCCUCAUGAGGAAACUACACAACAAGAGUGUAAAUGAGAGCCAGUGCAGGAAGCUGAUGAAAGUGGUCGCAGACAUUUUCACCGCACUCUCCUUAGAAGACAAGAACAAAGUGUUGACAGCCAUGAUGAGACUGUCCAGCAGGGGGUUCUUUGGGUGCUCCGUCCCCUCUGCUGUGAAUGACAGGUUUGAGCAGGAGCUCAACAUGGCCUUCAACUGUAUCGUUCAAGGAGGUGGUGGAGUGUCGCAGAGCAAUCUGAACACAGCAGUGUCUUUGGUAGCGAGAGUCGCGUUUCAGAACCCAGAGGCCGCCUUGAGGGCUUGUUGUCAUUCAGCUGUUUUCAAUAAACAUGGUUUCGCUCUCAUUGCUAAGAUCCUGCAGCAGCUGCCUGGACUCACAGGACCGGGGGAAAGAAAAGAUGAAGCUCAAAGUGAAGAAGAAGACAGACAAGAGGCAAUGGAAAGUGUAGCUGAAGGAAAGGAUGCUGUGAGAGGUGGCAGUCUGCUGUGCAGCUGUCUACAGGAAAUGAUGAAGAACAAACCAUUGUCAGCCAGUGAAAAAGAGCAGUUCCUCAAGUAUCUGGGUCUGCUCAUGAUGCCUGUCAUGGCAGUUGAGGGAGAAGAAAGGAAGCAAAGCUUUCUGCCACCUCAGGAGGUUGUGAACAUGUUCGUCCUGCCUAACCUCUCCUCUGUUGGACAAAGCUGCUUUGAUAUAGAACUGAGUCUGCAGCUUCUCCACACUGCUUUGUCUGUAGUCAUCCAGGAAGCAGACUCAUCCUCUCACUGGAUGUUGCACUGCUCUCCCUUCCCUCUUCUCUAUGUCCUGGCCGAGCUGGACAGCCAGAGUCUCAGGUGUUGGGAGAAGCUGCCAGAGGGCACGGUCCACCAUUGGUCCAUGGAAACCAAGGAGCUGCUGGCGGUGGUGCUGACCACACUAGGGAAAGUGAUGGGGGCAGAGGUGGCUGCAGCUCCCAGCACCUGGUCCAGACCUCUUUUCUGGCUCUACAACAAGAUGGAGGGACUUGACUGGACCGUUCGUUUCCACCUGAAGCCCGUUUGGGGGGAACACUUUAAAAACGAGGUUCCCUCAUCUUUGCUGACUGUGUGUGAUCUACCUGAGCAGGAGUGGUCAGGCUUAGACCUGCCUCAGUAUGGCCCGGGUACAGGUCUUUUGGCCUGGAUGGAAUGCUGCUCUGUAUCAGACUCUUUGCAGUCCACCAUGUUAUCCCAUCUGUCUUUGGACCAGCGCCGGCUCGACCACGUCCGCAUGUUCAGCAAAGGCCUGCUGGUGGCUCUGACCCAGACCCUGCCCUGGUGUUCUGUCUCCCAGUGGGCCAGACUGUUGAGGGUCCUGAGGGAGCUGAUCACCUCAGGCCGCCUCCACGUCCCCUUCUCACUUGAGUAUGUGGACUAUCUGCCCCUCCUGGACCUGAGGAGGUUUUCGUCUGAGCUCCGCCUGUCUGUCCUCCUGCUCCGGGUCCUUCAGCUGCUGUGCGGGUCCAGCUGCUCCGACUGGCUGUCAGCGGAUGGCUGGGCACAUGUUGGCAGGUUAUAUGCCUAUGCUGUUAGGGAGAUGAUCAACUCAAUAAGAGCCAAGCUGCCUCUGCCUUCAUCUGGUGCUUUGACUGUCCCAGCUUCUCCUAAAACACCAGCGCCCGGAGAUUCAAAUCCUUCAUGUUCUUCAAUCAAAUCUCCAAAACUGUCCAGGGACUCUGAGAAAGGCCCGAAACAAGAGGAAUGCUCUCCUCUCAAAUCCAAAGAGUCACAAGUGGAGAAGGAGGAGAGCGUUCCCAGCCAGGAAGUUCUGUUUGUACUCAGCCAGCUUUUCUGCCACGUUCAGCACAUCCAGGUGAUGAUGCCAGGAGGUCAGUGUGAGCCAUUGUUCCUGUCCAGUCUGGAGAUCCUCAGUCACUAUGAGGCCAUCAUGGCCGCUUUCCCAGACAGCAGCAGCGCGCUUGAGAGUGACAACACCCGACACUUCUUCUCCACCAUCACAGACAACCUGGAGAACCAGGAGAUGAAGGCUGUACUGCAGCAGAAGAUAGCUCAGCUUGUGUCAUCUGCAGCUUAAGACACUGACUCUGAUUCUCCACAAGAGAAUCAGGCUUCUCAAAUGCUUUAUGUAUUCUGUAUAUUCUGAGACCAUCGUUUCAGUUGUCAGUGUCAUACACUGUACAUAAUUUAGAUAUUUUUGUUGGCUAACAAAGCUGCGUGAAUUAAAGCCAGUAUGUGACAGCAAAUGUCUUUA